GGCUGAAGCUCAGGGGUGGUGGGGCUGUGCUGGGGGAAUCAGUGUGUGUGCAGAUGGGCACCUGGGUCCUUCUGCACAUGGAGCAUGUCCUCCUGGGCUGGGUGGUGCUGCUCGGCGCCUUGGCCAGCGUGUUGGCCACCAGCAGCAAGAGAGACCUGGGCCCAGUCAAGGAGGUGGCGAUGGACAUGGCCAACACCACCUUUGAUGACCAGUACCAGGGCUGCAGACGCAUGAUGGAGGAUGAGCUGGAGGAGCUGAACCGCACCGAGUUCACCAACGAGGUCUAUGCUGAGGGCUGGAGAAAUGCUGCCAUGGAGUGGCGAAAUCGAUGGGGUCGUGCCGACCACCCACCGGCACUGAGACGGGAUCAGGCCACAGCCAUGCUGGCGUACACGAUGGAGGGGAAACUGUACCACCAGUUCAACACAGCCACGAGGGAGGACGGCAUCUCCCGGCAGCACUACCUGCGCUCCUUCCCCUUCAAGACUCUGCAUUUCCUCCUGAGCAGAGCCCUGCAGACCCUGCGGGAAUCCCAGCCCCAGCGAUGCCACCACGUCUACCGUGGUGUCAAGGGCACCCGAUUCACGGCACAGCAGGGCAGGGUGGUUCGCUUCGGCCAGUUCACCUCCUCCUCCUUGCGGAAGAAGGUCGCUGAAUCUUUUGGCCAAGACACCUUCUUCUCGGUGGAGACCUGCUACGGUGUGCCCAUCAAGGAAUUCUCCACUUUCCCCGGUGAGGAUGAAGUCCUCAUCCCACCCUUUGAGCAAUUCAGGGUCACCAACAUCACCUACAACGAGGGCAGAACCUCCAUCCAGCUCCGCUCCCAGGGGAUGAACAGCACCUACAACUGCGAGUUCGUGAAGGGUAAGGGCUGCAGCGCUCCAGAAGGGGGAGCUUGGGUGAAUUGGGCACAGUGA